AUCACAACAAGGUCUUGCAGUGGCGGGUGGCACACUAUGAUGCCUCUGCCUCUCCGACGGUUGUUGUGGUGGUUUGCUGUGGGGAAUCUUCUCGUGUCCAUCUUUAUGCUCCCCCUCUCACUCGGACAACACAUAUCAGCGUCCAAUCGAAGACGACAGUACGACUUUGCCAGCGAUCGACCAGAAAUAUUUUACGAUACCCGGACGAUGACGGAUGGUCGCGAAGAGACCGUGUAUCUUCUCAAAGGGGAGACGGAAAGUUACUAUUUUCUCCUAGAGGAGGGUGGAACACCGCUGUCGAUCGUGGUCACCCCCUGUGCAUCGAACAUCACAUUCGUACUCACAAACAAAGCCAUGGCAAGCAGCAGCGAGGAAGACGACCCAGAAGACCCUUUUUCCUCCCAAAUGGAAGGCCAGUCGUCAGUCCGGGUGGAGGAGUUCAAAGGCGGGGGUAACAUGGUCUACACAACACGCGAUGCGCGGAAAGGAAUCUACAUUCUUAGUCUACAAGCAAUCAAAACGGAUACCACAGUGAAGUUAUUUGCUACCACCAGACCAGAAUCUGUGUCAUUGUUCCCCGAGUUGCCUGUGGAUGCAAGGAUCCGGGUGACCGCAACAUCACGAAGAUCCAUCAAAUUUUCAUGGAAUCCCAGUGGCAACCCAUCGGAAUUGCUACAACCCUCACUAGAAUACUGUGUGUCUGUGAACAAGGUAAUGAACUUUCAAAGUCAUUGCUCCGUCUUGGCCCACUUACAAGGGGACACACGCCCCACCCCUCCCCCCAACAGUGGUUUUGGUUUUCCCUGGGAGAAGAGUAAAAACAGAGAAAGACAAAGGAAAGCCAAGCCGAUCAAAGCAAUGUCGCCCAAAAGGUUGUUUUACGCCUGUGUUGGGUCAAAAACAAAUUUUACUUUUGACAAAGCAAAACCAGAAACUACGUAUUUCAUAGACAUCCAUGUGGUGGAUAAAAAUACAAAUAGGUCGUCCACGUACGUGGGCGCGGUUGUGCAGACGAAGAAGAGGAAGAGGCGACAAGCGCUGCUGAAAAAUGAGAAGAGGAAGACCGUGUCUUUACAAAAGGGUGUGCGUUCUGUGAGUGUUAAAUUAGUGUUGACCAAACAGGUCGAGAAGGGUGUGUUGGAACUGAAAUCAUGUCGAGGGGUUCUCCCCUUUGAGAUUCUUUAUGACAAUAAACUUAUCCAUAAAUCAGCGGUUAGGAGGAUCAAAAUUGUGAGAAUGAAAAACUUGCCGGCAGGCGCUUAUAUUUUAAGGUUUAAAGGGAAAAGAAAACGCAAGCGUUCAGUGAUGGUGUUCUUCACUGAGUCUGGCAGGUAUCGCCCGCCGCGUCUGCCUGUAGACUACAGAAUCAAGGUCUUCAACACUCUUACCACAUGCACAAAUGUGACUCUAGCCUGGAUGGGCAGUAAUGUUAAACAAAAAUAUUGUCUUUAUAAAAAGGAAUUAGUUGACAAUCAAAAAGUGCGGAAGCACCGAUGCUCAGAUCCUGGGCAUCGCAGUGACAGAGAAAAGGUAUUUUGUACAAGGUUUAGACACAGGCAGCCUUCAAAGGCUGUAAUUAGUAAGACAGUGACGGGUCUGAAACCCGGUACAAACUACUUGUUUGAUGUGUACAUUAGUAGAGGAAACAGUGCCUCGCUGGUCUACCUCAACCAGCAAGUCAGGACCAAAACACAGUGCUAAACCAGGAGCAUGUCGCACCUGAGGAUAACAUAUCUUGUGUUAGCCAAGGAAGCAAUGUUAAUUUGUGCUGUACAUGUGGAUUACGAUACCAACUGUUCCUCUAAAGCUUCUCUGAAACUGCAUGUAAGGAAACAGGUUCUCGGAUGCUGAGGGUGAGGCGUUCUUAGAGAGGAUUUGACGUCGUCUUAUGUUGGCUGUUGGACCUUGAACGAAGUUCUCGGUGGGGAGUUCACGAUUAGGACAGGAUUGCAAUGAUUGAAACAUAUGGAUAUGUUUCAGAGUUGUUUCAAUGUCCAAAUGGGUGGUGAGAGCACAGCAUUCGCCUUUCACCAGCAGGCGUGACGAUGCUACAGGCUAAGGCCUUCCUAGGCAAGUGUUCAGUGCCUAUAGUGCUGUGUCAAAAUAUUUCUGUGAUGUUGUGUGGCAAAGGUGAAGGAAGCGUCUCAGUACUAAAUGUCUUUCAGCAAAGGGGCAUUGCUUCAAAUGGGGAUAUAAGUUUCAUCAUGACCAUAAUAAUAACAACAGUGUUCCAUGAAUGAUUCCUGGAACAUAUUUAACUGUGCGGGAAGGGUUGUAAAUCGCAUUGGUGACCCUUAUCCUUGAAUACGUUCUCCAAAAGGGGUUUACAAACAAGUUUCUAACCCUUGACCUUGAACAUGUUUAGAUCUGCAAGAAGGAUCAUUGACAUCGUGGUCUUGUAUGUGCAAGCAAGAAAUGUGAUACGUUUUCCUAGCGGUUGGAAGAUACUUGACUUCUCUUUAACCGUAAUGCCCAAUGGGUAUGUUGGCCACAGCAAGCUGCUGAAGGUGCCUGUGUAGGAGGGCAUGGUGUAUUGAACGGGUGGGCUGAGGCUGUGUUGUGAUCCUGUAGGGGUGUUUUCAAAACGACGUACGUUCAUCACAAACGGGGCACGUUCCCGGUAUGUAUGUAUUUUCUCGAUGGCUAUGAGGUUCUGACAGCACCCCUUACAGAUAUGGGACGGGAAGGGGCACAUAGCAAGACGAUGAGAUAAGUUAUCAUUGUGUACUAUGUUAAUGCAUGCUUGUACAUAGCCAAUAUGUAGUUUGAAACCCGAUCCUAAACACAUCAUAUAUGGAAAGGUUGAAAGCGGUGUGUAGGGGCCAACACUACGUAAGCAGGUUUGUUUCUAGUGGCUUUUCUACACUCAUAUUUAGGGGUAAUAACUAUGGUAUUUUGAUAUUUUGUAUCAGUUUCAGAUCAAUAAACAACAGUUAUAUGGGUGCAGUAUAUGUUAAGCCUCGAGCUGUAACAAUAAAAAAAAUUCAAUGAAAGCAUAUUGCAUAUUUAUGUUUGCCAUAAUUUAAAUCAAAUAAGUGACAUUUCAUCGCAACACAUUUACUACAUGUAAUUCCCUUAAAUUAAUAUAGUUGUGGCUUUUAGAAGGAUGAACAUCAUGCAUUCAAAGCAAAUACAGUACCGGCUCAAAUACCUCCUGGAGGAUCUACAAGACGUUAACUUUUUACGAAUUUAAAAUUUAACUUCCUGAGUGUACGUUAGCUGCUAGGGUUCCAAGCACGAAACAGUUAUGAAAUGGUUAUUAUUCAGUGUUUGUUACUAUUAUAGCGUUGUAGUGUGUUAAAGGGGAGCUACACUGUCUCGUGUUCAUUCCCAGCCAAGGUCGAGACGUUUUAGCUUUUGGUUGAAGCUAAGAAAUCUUUGUCAUUAACUGCUUGGUUGAUGUACAUUAUACAAUGUGAGGUAGGACAAUUGUGUAUGGAGGACGCGAAUCAAUCUUGCUAGGACUGCCACUUUCUGAGAGCCUACUCCCCCUUUAAGAAAGAUAUUGACAAUAUCGAUCACAUGGAACAUUCAUAAAAUGCUCUUCAAUAUGAUAUUACACAGCGAAGAGAUGCAUUUUUACAAGAUACUGCAUGAUUUGGACCAUCACAUUAGGUUUUAUCCUUAUACAUGUGUACUUAACUUAGAACAUUGCAUCUAGUUAGCGUUGACCUUUUCCUCUAAAUAAAAAGCGACAAAACCAUUUCCUUAAUCUUAAGACAUCUCUACUAAAAGUAGAGCCCAUUGUUGUACCACAAUUUGUUAUAUACAUGGGUUUAUGAAUCACGUUCCAGCAAUUGAAUGUAUUGGUAGUGCUACGUAUACUUCGCAUUAAUAAACAUAAUUUAGUGAUACACGUAUAAAUAUUAAUCAAAUGUAGUAAUUAAAAGGCAAGGGAAAUGUGAAGAACUAAAUUUUGGCCAAAGCAUUUAUAUAUUAUUUAGGCUUACAACAUUUGAUUUACAACAUUUAGUCGAUCUAACAUGGUCCACGAUGUUCGCUACUUAACCGUGUGAGAUUCUCUUCCAGGGUAUUGAUAGACAGACAUACGAAUGCUCGAGUCCAAGGAUAGGGCGCAUGUGAAAGACUAGUCAAGAGUUUUACCGAUUUGAGACAUAAAGGUCUUUUAUCUGCACAGUAGACUGUGUACCUGUCUGUAAGGUAGCAUUUAGCAGUUGACAAGUCCAUGAUUUACGACAUGAUACUGUAGACAAAACAUAAAGCCAGUUCAAUUUGUUUAUAUAUUUAUUUGAAACAGUUGUCUGGAAGAUGGCGUUGAGAUUGUAGAUGUAUAUACAGUGUAUUAUUUUCUCGAUUGAUUUGUGUUGGCAAUGCUGAUAAUGUUACAUGUUAUUUUCUAAUUGUAAUUCGUUCCUAUAGCAGAGUUGCAUAACAAAGUAAAACAUUCGACAACAAUAGAUAAUAUGCAAUAUGCAAUAUGCAAUAUGCAGCAUUAAAUAUCCGAAAUAGUUAAUACCAUUGUUUAUGCUUCGUGCACAAUCUAGUCACAAGGGGGCACGGGUGACCCACUCUGUGCAGCGUUGCGUCCCCUGGGUACGCCAGGAGCCUAUAUGCUCGUGGGUUCGAAUCCCGGUUCGCCCCGUUUAAAUUUCUAGGUUUGUGAGCGUUUGUAAACGUCUGCGACCUGCAUCUCUUUGGGCUUUCCUCUCACAUCAAGCUGACACGCCGUGCUAUAACAGCAAUACUGUUCAAGGCAGCGUUUAACCCAACUCACUCACUCACACUCGCUAGUCACGAUUGGUACUGAUAUAUAUGCAUAAAACACGGAAUACAUAGCUGACGUGCACCCCCGGGACUGUUCUGCUCGAACCCUUCCGUAGCAUGAAGAAUGCGUGCUUGCUUAUGUGGUAAUUUUGAAGUAACUCAUUGAAUGUCUAUUCUCAAUCUGCGUUCUUGGAAAUGGUAUACUUCCUGUUGCGAAAGCUAAUCUUCAAAGAGCGUCAAAGUUGGUCCCUAAUGCUAAGUGACAGCGGUAAUUACCACGGUCGUGUGUCACCCCCGCACACUCACAUGCAAUACAAAGUAACUCCAGGUGGUGUUAUUUAUAAAUAUACACCAGACAUGUUAUAUUCAGCUACAUAUCAAUGCAUUAAGUGCUCUGGUAAAGUUCAUCUUCUCAUUCUCAUGCUGCUUGAAAUACAGUACACAGGCAUAUCAUAUGCAGACAUUAGAACCCGACUCGAAGUGUUUGAUUCAAGUAUCUUAAUGAUAAAAGUCAUCUCUGACAAUGUUACAAGUAUAUAACAUUUUUUGUAAAUCAGAACCUUCAGUGAUUUCAAAGACACAAAUAAAUAUAGAAGUUGGAUAUUAAUGUUCGAUGUUUUGACUUAAAUGCUUAUCGUUACUCAUCAAGCUGUGUUUAAGUGGGCAAUAUAGGACAUGUAGGAUAUAAUCUAUAUGUAUUUGCCCUGUUUGUAUUGCAUUUUCAGGAUGUUCGUGCUUACAGGUUGAGACCUCUUCAUCCCCAUCCAUUAAAGGUAGUCAUCGAACGGCGUUCCAGGAUAUGGUUUACGUGUAGCAUUUGUGUAAAACACACAGGCAGUAUACAAUGUUUACUUCAAUAAUUGUUGGUUUUGCGACAUACGUUUACUGAAGAUGCUGUGCCACUGACGUGUGAAGAACGAGCAUUUCAUUGUGACGUAUUUAGGUCACGUGUUACUUAAGGUCUUCCAGUCUUUAAGAAUGAUUCGAUGACUAUCUUUAUUUGAUACAGCAACAUAAACAUCUUAUAUCAAUUGUUUUUCUUCCUGAAGGGAAAAAGCCUCGGACAGGCUGUUGAGGUCACAAACACACCCGCCCAUUUAUCAUUACACUUUUGAACAGAAUAAGAAUCCCUCUGAACUGAUCUGGGGGAACGGGUGGCCCAUUCGUCUAAGGCGCCGCGAUUCGCUGUGCAGAGUUGCGUCCCUUGGACACGCCAGAAACCUAUUGUGGGUUCGAAUCCCGGUUCGCCCCGAUUAUGUUUCUAGGUU